GAGCCAAGGUUGAGCCACAAAACAAAACCUGAAAAACAGAACAGCUGCAACUUCUUGUUGCUUGCGAUCGCUGGAAGAUUAGGGUUUCCAUAAUUGCGAGAGAAGAUGUGGCACGAAGCGAGAAGAUCAGAGAGAAAGGUUCACGACAUGAUGGACGCAGCUCGGAAGAGAGCGCAGAGGCGAGCCGUGUAUUUGGCGAAGAGGAGAGGCGAUCCUCAGCAAUCUAUUCAGGUCAUGGGCAGUAGAUGCCGCACCUACCGCGACGAUGGUCUCUACCAAGCUACCCAGGACCAGCAGGGCUUGAUACCUUGGAAUGGGAAACAGGAUGUUCUAAUUGACAGAUUUGAUGGUCGUGCCCUGCUUGAUUUUAUUCGAGAGUCUGAUUCGAGACAUUUUCGGGCUCCAGAUAAAUCAGAAGAAGAAGAAGAACUAGAAGAGUUUGUUAAUUUUGAGAGAUAUCGGGAUUUAAUUAAGCACCGACGCAGAGGAUUUACUGAUGAAGAAGGUUUGCUACAUGUAACCCAAGAGAUGGAGGCUAAGGCAGUUAUUCCAUUUGCAUCAGACAGUACAUCUCAGCUGACACAAGCUCCUUCAAGCAAGGGUUCAUAUUCACAAGUGGGUUUCUCUUAUGAUGGUGAUGUAAAGGAGGAAUCUCAAUUUUCAGAUGGUGAUGAUAAUGAAGAGGUUGAUGAAGAUGAUGACGAUGAGGAUUUUAAUAGUGAUGAUAGCAAUGAUGAAGGAAUGGACAUGAUAGCAAAAGAAUUUGGAGUAAAAAGGUAUGGGUGGCUCGUUUAUAUGGAUAAAAAGGCAAAAGAGGAACAGAAAAGGCAAAAGGAAAUGAUCAAAGGAGAUCCUGCAAUUAGGAAGCUGAGUCGCAAGGAAAGGAGGAAAGCUUCUCAGAUAGAAAGGGAAAGAGAAAGAGAAGCUGCUCGGAUAACAGGAACUCGAGUGCUGCAUCAUGAUCCUUACCGGGAACCCAGAAGAAGUCCAAGUUAUGAAGCUUAUUCUCGCUCUAGAAGGUCAAGAUCACGAUCGCGCUCAUACUCACCAUCACAUUCAAGGCGAUAUGCUCGAGUAGGGCAUUCUGAUGAAGUUCAUCGCAGCAAGUCAAGGACUUCUAAAAUAGAAUUUAUCACUGAAUUUGGGGGUUCUGGUGAUGGGGACGAACUGAAGCUUGAAGGAUAUUCUCCACCAUCUUCUCCUCCAUCCCAAGCUGAUGUGUUGAGCCGGCCAUCUUCUGUUCGUAUACUUGAGGCAUUGUAUGUUGAUCCUGCAUCUGGUGUAUCCCUUGAUAAGGAGAAGAUCACUAAAGCAGUGAAACCAGUGGUAAGCACAUCAUCAGCACUAGCAAAGUUAACCAAGUCAAGUACUUCUGGGGGUCCCUUGAAGCAGCAGCCAGGGGAGAAAAAAGAAACUCCUCAGGAGAGACUUAAAAGGAUCAUGAGCAAACAGCUAAACAAACAAAUUAAAAAAGAUACUGCUGCUGAAAUUGUGAAGAAACGAGAACAGGAGCGUCAGAGGCUAGAGAAACUUGCAGAAACAAACCGGCUAUGUCAUUAUAGGCGGCGUAGCCGUAGUAGGAGUUAUAGUCGAUCUCCACCUAGAAGAUACCGACACAGAAGUCCAAGUAGAAGCAGUUCUCGAAGAUACCAUUCCCGCUCCCGUUCUCGGUCUCACUCUCAUUCUCGCUCACGCUCGCGCUCUCAUUCCCGCUCACCAAGGGUUAGAAGCCGUUCAAGGCACUCAUAGUUACGCUGGCAUGGAGAAAACUUAUACUUGAGCAUUACAUUCUCUUUAAAACUACCAGAGGGCCCUUUUUUUUUUUCUUAUAGAAAUUAUAUGAGCCUUUUUGUCAUAUCAUGUCAUAUACUCUCUUUGAUUCCACUGCUUAAUUGCAUCUACCAAUUGUGUAUAUUGUGCAAGAAACAAUGAAAGAUUAAAAGUAUGUAGUAAGUAUGAAGAGAUCAUCGCAGAUGCAAUUGUGGAAA